AUGGCAGACCAUUCCCUUGCCCACAUGGAAACAGAGCUCCAUGGUUUCAACGAUACCAACACGUACAAGCUAACACAAAACAAACACAGGAAAAGACGUGACGACAAGACGAAACAAUCAAAUGAACAGAAAAAGACAAAACCAGACACAGACGAAUACACUGAACAAGCACAAAAACAAACCCAAGAUCCCAAAGAAAAUCUCAACACACAAACUACGAACAAUACCACUAACACACAAAAACCAGAACAACAUCAAAACACAAAAUUUACAAUCAAACCACAGCAAAACAACACGAACAAAGAGUUCAAAAUCAAAAACAACACAUACAACGUAGUGUUCAUCGAGCCGAUAUCGAUCAAAGAAGGAGAAACGCUUCUCGAGCCAAUGGAAGUGGGAAAAUUCCUGUACGAAGUAAAGCUGGAUCAGUUCGCGGAACUCAAAAGAGCAGGACAGUACCGUUACAAGUUGACGUACAAAAAACCACAAGACACCGAAAAAAUACUGAACUCAGCUCCGCUACUCAAGGAAAACAAUUACAGAGCAUUCAUCCCGAAAAUGCUGACCGAGACAACUGGAGUCAUCAAAGAUGUGCCAACCUCGCUAACGGAACAUGAAAUCUACGAAAAAAUAAUCAGCAGCAAGAAAGUGAUCAAAGUCGAUCGAAUCAAACGAAAAAAAGGAGAUUCAUUAGUAAACACACGAUCAGUUAAAAUUACCGUGGAAGGCUCAGAGCUGCCGAGAGUAAUACAACUUUACGGAGUACUAAGAAAGCCAGAACUGUACAUUUAUCCAGUCAGAAUCUGCAACAAAUGUUGGAGAUUCGGACAUAAGGCAGCGGCAUGCAAAGGCAAACUAACAUGUCAAAGAUGCGGGAAAAUGAUUACGGACGAACACUCAGGCUGCGACGCGACCACACCGGCCAAAUGCAAAAAUUGCGGGAGGAACCACCUGCCUACGGACGCUGCGAUGACAAUUAACAAAAUGACAUUCUCAGAAGCUGAGGAAAUGUACCCAAGAACAAGCAACCAAUAUGCCAUCCUGGAGUCUAUGGGUGAAUUCCCUGGGCUGGAACACCACAAUAGACCAGUGACAGGUUUCCGACAGGUAGAAAGAGCGAGCAAGAAGAACGACUACAGCUAG